UAUUACAGGUUGCUAUUGCUACGCUCCUGCCGAAAAUACCGUUAUAUUCGACAGAGCGUUGAACUACAAAUGAUUCGAACCAGUAUAGUGAAGACAUCUGCGAUAUUUUUUGAAACGGUACUGACAAAUAUAGUCGUACUUUUGCCUUUUUUACAAGAAAAAUAAUCAUAUAUUAAGCUAAUUGAUGAAUCACAAACACAGUGACACAUAAAAAAUCGUUAUUGUUAAAUGUAAGAAUAAUGAAAAACUAAAUGAUAACAAUAAUCGAUGAUAACGAUACCUAGCAAAUGGUAUAAACGAAGUUAGUAUAUGUAGUGCAAUUGUGAGACGAUAGUGUUUCUUACUUCGACAAUGCGCAUUUAACUAUUUUGUUUAAUUAAUUGUAACGAAAUAGGAAACGAAACGAAAAUAAAAAAAUAAAACUUGUGACGUAUCGACUUUUAGAAGAAUGUGUAAUACAAUGCGCGAUAUAUAAUUAAAUUUCACAAUGAAAGAAAUAAAAAUGGAAUUAAAAAAUGGACAUUUCAUGGAGAAGAAUAAAAAAUCGACAAAGAAGCAAAAAUCGACAUUUUGGGCCUAUGUACUGUGGUUAAUCGGUGGUUUAGUUGGCGCGCAUCACAUAUACUUGGAAAGAGACGCACAAGCUUUUGUAUAUUUUAGCACUUUUGGUGGAUACUUUGGUAUCGGAUGGCUUCGAGACAUCUAUAGAAUUCCUUCAUACGUGCGCGAUAUAAACGAGGAUCCCAGUUUUGUAAAUGAUUUUAAACAAAAAGUUAGAAAUAAUCGUAAGCCGCCAUUCUCUACAGUGCGAUUUGUUACUGAAAAUGCUGUUGCAUAUUUAUGGGCUGAAAUAUUUCGCAAUGCCAUUCCAGGAGACGAAAUAUAUGGAAUUAAUUUUAGAUAUUUACUCAUUUUAACGCCUUUAGUUGUUGCUUUAGGUGUUUGGACGAUCGGGAAUAUUGGCAGGGAACAAGGUUCCAUAUGGAUCGCUCUCUGCUCGGCAUAUUUAUUGUAUCCAACGUUAACCUACAUCGGGGAUGACAACAUGUGGGUAUUUCUGAUGGUCGUUGCUGCCAGUCUAAGUUUCGAUACAUUCAGCAAGCAAUGGAGAUUGAAGCCAAGAAAGAGGAGAAACAUCGUUCAAAGAAUCUUUUAUAUCGGUUUAGCAGCUUCAUUUUACACGUUUUUACUAGGAUCGUAUCUAUACUUUAAUGCUGUUGUUACCGAUAGCGAGGGCGAGGAGAUCAAAUUAUCGGAAGCUAUUCAACACUUUUUAACGUCCCCUAUAUGGCUUGAUCUUAAGGCGAGCCUCGAGGCGACGUGGAAUCAAGCGAAGUAUCAAGGUUUCUGGGCAACGUGGGCACAAUUGAUAGAUCUCACGGAUCCUCGAGGAGAAAUAAACGCUUACAAGAUUUUAGGUCUUUCCCAAACGGCAACGCAAGCCGAAGUGACGUCUCGUUGGAGAGCGCUCUCGAGGGACAAUCAUCCGGACAAGAUAAAGGGCACUGAAGAAGAAAGGAGACAAGCUCAAGAGAAAUUUAUGGAAAUUCAACAGGCAUACGAGAUUCUUUCAAAAGCGAAGAAUCGCAGGCAACGUCGAAAUAGAAAAUCGGAUGAAUCGUAAAAUAAUGAAUAAAUCUGUGCUCAAUAAUUUCAUCGAUGUGCGGAUCAAUCAAAAUUAUUUGAACAAUCAUUUUAACAUAAAUUAUAAAGCAAAGGCAUUCUAUUAUAUUAAGGAUAUAUAUAUAUAUGUAUAUGAUGUUCCGUAUCUCGUAAAUAUUUAUAAUAGAUUUGAUUGAAAAGAUUUAUUUUUUUUCUUUUACAGUAAUAAACAACAAACGAGGUACGGAGACAAAUUGUUUUCAUUCAUCAUACACAAAUCUCUCCUCAUUUGUUCUACCUCGUUAUUCCGUAUACUAUAUAGCAGAAGAUAGACUUUUAUUUUUAUUGAACGCAUUAUUGAUUCAUAAAAUUUGGCACUGUUUGCGUUCGAACAUUAAAUAUAAAUGUUAAUAUAUGUAUAUGUAUAUGUAAAAUUGAAUGUACAAAUAUAAAUAUUAUGAUGUACUGAUUUAGGUAUUCGAUAUGUUUUUGUACAAGUAUAUAUAUAUAUUAUUAAGUACAUCUAUAUUUUUAUCUCGACAAAAAUAAUUAUUUUCGUCUUUUAAGAUAUUUUUACAAACAAAUAGUGUCACUUUUGUGUCGAGAAAUUUAUUUAUAUAAAUUUGUUCGAUGAUCACCAUUGCGCGAUUAAAAAAAAAAAAGAAAAAAACGUUAGUUUAUUUAUAUUCCGUUUAUAAAGUGAAAAAUCGCGAGAGCGAUAUUUCUCAUCGCAAUUUGACGGGUGAUUAUUUAAAAUCGUUUUAAAAA